GGCAUUAGUAGGCAAGAGCUGGGGCUGGACUGAGUGCCAUUCUCGGCCGGGCUUUCUUCACUGACCGGCUGCAAAGGCCACUGAGGGCAUUGCUUCCUCUCUCUCCCUGCCCCGGUGGGGUUGGGUGAGUGCAGGGAGCUGGGACACGCUGAGAUCUGCCAGGAGAGCGUGUCCCCACCCACCUCAGGAGCAGGUCCUACUAGCCCAGCCAAGCCCAGAGCAGGCAGCGGAAGCCACAGGGAGCACAGAGAGCAGUGCCCAGCCCAGCUCAGAGGGCAAUGGGACAGGCCCGAGAGUCCCUGAGGCCGUCAGGAACCUAGGCCUCGCAUGUGCAGGAUCUUGGUGCUGGGAUCUGUUCGUGUACCUCUGCGUGGGGAUGUGCUCCCGAGGCUGCCUGAUGCUCUGUCCGGGGCUGUGAACAUUCCUGGAACCUUCUAAAGCUCCGUAAACAUCUGUAGAAGAAAGGAAGAAAGGGAGAGAUAUUAUUAGCAAAACCUGGGCACUUGACACGUAUCUCGUUUAAUCUAACAACCUCGUGAAGUAGGAGACACCCCCCCCCCAAACCACCACCACCAACCACCACCUUUUUCCCCAGGUCUCCACUGCUGAUGAAGCGGUGCCCCAAAGCAUCCAACCCCUGACAGCCAUCUGCCCUGCAGCCAUUGCCCACAUUCCCAUGCCCUGCCGGCGGGGCGAGGCGACGAGGGUCUCUGCGCAGCCACCAGGCUCCACCCCGGAGAUGAACACGAUGUCAGGACCCUAGCGUGCCCGAUGAUGCCCCCUGCCUAGCUCCUCCUCACACUGUGGUACGAUGCUGAGCGACUCUGCCAACAACUCCAGCGUUGCUCCCCUGUGCCCUGACUACCGGAGCACCCACCGCCUGCACAUGGUGGCCUACAGCCUGGUGCUGGCCGCCGGGCUCCCCCUCAACGCGCUGGCCCUCUGGGUCUUCCUGCGCGCGCUGCGCGUGCACUCCGUGGUAAGCGUGUACAUGUGCAACCUGGCGGCCAGCGACCUGCUCUUCACCCUCUCGCUGCCCGUGCGCAUCUCCUACUACGUCCGGCACUACUGGUCCUUCCCCGGCCUCCUGUGCCAGGCGGCGGGCGCCAUCUUCCAGACGAACAUGUACGGCAGCUGCAUCUUCCUGACCCUCAUCAACGUGGACCGCUACGCGGCCAUCGUGCACCCGCUGCGGCUGCGCCACCUGCGGCGGCCCCGCGUGGCGCGGCUGCUGUGCCUGGGCGUGUGGGCGCUCAUCGUGGUGUUCGCCGUGCCCCUCGUCCUGGUGCACCGGCCCUCGUCCUGCAGCUACAACGGCAGCCAGGUACACCUGUGCUUCGAGAGCUUCGGCGACAGCCUGUGGAAGGGCAAGCUGCUGCCCCUCGUGCUGCUGGCCGAGGCGCUGGGCUUCCUGCUGCCCCUGGCGGCCAUGCUCUACUCGUCGGGUCGGGUCUUCUGGACCCUGGCGCGUCCCGACGCCACGCGGAACCAGCGGCGGCGGAAGACCGUGCGCCUCCUGCUGGCCAACCUCGUCAUCUUCCUGCUGUGCUUCGUGCCCUACAACACCACGCUGGCGGUCUACGGGCUGCUGCGGGGCAACCUGGUGGCGGCCAGCGGCCAGGCCUGCGACCGGGUGCGCCAGGUGCUCGUGGUGAUGGUGCUGUUGGCCGGCGCCAACUGCGUGCUGGACCCGCUGGUGUACUACUUCAGCGCCGAGGGUUUCCGCAACACCCUGCGCGGCCUGGGCACUCCGCUCCGCGCCAGGACCUUGGCCACCAACGGGGCUCAGGGGGCGCUUGCCGGAGGGCCCACCGAGACCACCCUCAUCACCAGUCCGGCUCCCGCCAGUCAGGAGCUGCUUGGGCCUUCCAACUUCGGGACGCCCUUGAGGACCCAACGCCCCGAGGACUCGGCCCUCUGAACGCACAUCGUGCGGUCGCGUUCCUGUGUGUUUCACCCCGCCCCCG